AUGGAUAUUGUAGAAAAAUUAAUUGAUUUUUUUUAUCCAUGGAAAGUUGUUCUUAAUGAAUUACAAAAAAUAAAUGGUCCAUCGCUCUUUCUUGUCAUUCCAUGCAUUACCUAUGCUCGAUAUGAAUUAUCAAAUGGUGAUUGUAAAGAAAGAUCUGGUAUGAGAUUCUUUUACAAACGAGCAUUGCAGUUAUUAUCCAGUAUGUUUAAUAUGAAUGAAGAUUAUAUUGUUGGAGCUUUUCUACAUCCCAAUUAUAAACAACUUAGAGGUGCAAAUAGUACGCAAAUUUCAGAUUGUUAUACAACAUGUCGUCUCUUUAUCGGACCUUGUUCAUCAAGUACUGAAACAAAUGAGAGAAUCUACGAACCACAAGAAAAAAAAGCAAAAAUAUUUAUGUCAAUGUUAAUGGAUAAACAAAAGAAACAACAAUCUACAUCGGAUGAAGUUGAUCGUUAUAUAUCUUUAGUACUUGAUGAAGAUAAACAAUAUGAAAAUCCUUUAGACUUUUGGAAGAAAAAAGAAAAUCAAAUAGCUUUUCCCUAUCUCUCUCGAAUGGCUAGAAAAUAUUUUUCAAUUCCAUGCAGCUCAUCUGCUGUAGAAAGACAAUUUAGUGCGACAGGUCAAAUUAUUACUCAACGACAAAGCAGCCUGAAUCCAUUAACAGUCAAUGAUAUUAUUUUUCUUCGUUCGAUCGAGAACAAAUAUCCUUAA